CAAACAAACAAACAAACAAACAAACAAAAAUAAAUUGAGUCUCUUGGAGGUAUAUAGUUGGAUCCCAUGCCAAAGUUUGAAAACCACUGUUACGAAGUGCUAAGAUCAAUUCAUUAACUAACAUGUCAGAAAUUAUGUGGCAAAGCACAUUAUCCUUCAAGGGAGUCACCUUGGGAAUGUAGCUACUUCUAAUGUUGGUGCUGUUUCUCACAAAACAUUUGGGUUCCCCUUUUGGGAUAGAUUUGAGAGCCAGGUUGAGGCACAGGAAAGAAUCAGUUUUAUUAUUAGUAAUUUAUUAUCAUACAUAGUCUUAGGAAUGUUCCAGAUGACUUUUUACUUAUUUUCAGAAAUAAAAGCCACCUUCCAAAGUUUGCCACCAUUGGGAGUAUUUAAAAGGUCGUGCUGUAGGUUUUCAUAUAUUAUAGGAGAAGGAGAAAUACUGAAAGGUUUAAAGAAAUUCAGUGGGUGAAGAUGGUAGGCAUCCUUAGCACUUACGGAGCAGGGAUUCUGGCUUUAGGUGAGUAGUCAGUGAACUUUUAAAAUUGUAAACCUUAUAUUACUUUAUUCCUUAAAACCUCAAAGCUUUCCUUUAUUCUUCAGAGUAAAAGCCUGAUUUCCUACUGUUUCCUACAAGGCCCUGCUUGAUCUAUCCUUCUCCAGCCUUCCUCUCUGAAGGCAGGACCUGCCUCUGCCCUCUCCUACUCUGCUGUAGGCUCCCUGCCUGGCUAUUCCCUUAUAACUCUACCCCCACGCCCCCCACCCCAGCAUGUUCCUGCCCCAGGGCCUUUGCACUUACUGUUUUUCCAGCCUGAAUUGUUCUCCCACAUAUUUCAUACUUUCACUCUCUUUCCUUUCUGAUCUCUGCUCAAACAUCCCUUUAUUGGCCUGGUUUUACUAACCACUUUAUAUACAAUGGUGACUUUUUCCCUUCUUAUUCCACUUGAUAUUUGACCAUUGUAUUUAUCACCACCUGCCUUUGUAUAUUUACUUGCUUGUUUUUUGCCCCUAUUUCCCAUGAGGGCAGGGUUUUGUCAGUUUUCGUUCAUUGUUUUAUCCUCAUUGUCUAGAACAGGGCCUGGCAGUUAGAAGUAUUGGAUAGAUAUUUGCCAAAUGAGAAAAUGAAUGACCAUUUAGUAUGGUGAUUGUAUAUCUUACAUUUCCCAGGAUGUAUCUGUUGGCAGAUAUUCUGGCUUAUUGUCAAGUCAUGAGGUCACUGUAUUUGGAAUGAAGAAUGUGAUCAUGUACGUCUGUAUUGUAGGAUCAUUCCAAGUCUGAGAUUCUAUAAUUCCCCAUAAACCACAAGGCUUGGCACUCGGUAGGUGCUCCCUAGUGGUCUGUGGACGAAUUGAAUGAAGACCUCCGAUGGCUUUUCAGUGGAGCCUCUUUCUGCCCCUGACCUGUUGUUUUACAGACCAUGGUUAACGAUUUCAGACCCUGCGUUUCUGCAGGGACUGUGAUUCACCACAGUUAUUUCCAGAACAGAAACUCUCUUUGGGUGUAAUGGUCAAAGCUUGGAGCUAACUUGGUUUUAGUUAGAUGUAAUUCAUUGAAUUUCCUUGGUUAAUAACUAACCACUACAAUGAAGAAGUAAUUCAGCGAAUGCCUGUUGCAUCUGGGAAAGGGAAUGGAAUGGUUUAAAUUCUGUCAAGAUGAAUGUGGACUUUUGGUGAUCUUUGUGAUCAGGAUUUGACCCUGAAGCAUGGCUGGCGGACUGGUGCAAUUAUCCCGGAGCUGAGAUCCGAGCUCAGGAUCAUGAACACGGAGCAGUACAUUCAAACCAUGACCUGGCUGCAGACCCUGACCGGGUUAUUGGAACAGAUGCAGGUUCACAGAGAUGCCGAGUCACAGCUGGUUUUGCAGGAGUGGAAAAAGGAAAGAAAGGAGAUGAGAGAAAUGACCAAAAAUUUCUUCAACACCCAGUUUGGAAGCUUGUUCCGCACAGACCAGAACCCGACCUACUUCCUGAGGCGCCUGUCACGCUUUGCUGACAUCUACAUGGCGUCUCUGAGCUGCCUCUUGAACUACGAUGUCAGCCACACGUUCUACCCGCGGAGGACUCCGCUGCAGCACGAACUUCCCGCCUGGUCGGACAGGGCCCCCACCUUCAGACUCCCCCUCCUGCAGGAGGCCCACGCCAAGUAACCAGGUGCCCACCUGCGGAAAAAGCCAGAAGCAGGGACAACCCUCAACUGGCUGGACGUGAUGGGGUUGACUUGUGUGCAAAUGAGUGUUGCUUUUGGAAAAGAUACAAAUACGCCUUUUGGUAUUUAUUACGGAGACUCCUUCCACGUUGUUGAGACAGAAGCAGGCAGCCCACCAGUUCCGCCUUUGCGUUUCUCGUUGGGCCGAGUGGCAAGCUUCCUAUCGAAACCCUGCGAUCAGCCUUUUUGUUUACCAGGGUACUGGAACGGGUGUCCGUGUUUCUGGGCUCGGUGAGCCUCCCUGAUGCCAUCUCUCAAUUCCAGCCGCUGGAAUGUCGCACGUGUUCUUGACUCUUCCGUGGACAGUGGGCUGACCGUUCACGGCCAGUGCUGUGGGGACCGCAGGGGCACAGUGCCGGGCAACAGGAAACGGCUCGCGGAAAGCUGACGGAUGAGUCCGUGAGCUCCGUAAGAGCAUCGCCGUAAUAGCAUCCGUAACAGCAUCGUACGUAGCCUCCAGCGCCCACAUCAUGUGACACUAGGGCUGUGGCAUCCCCGUGCGUCACUCGAAGGGAGACUCAGCAUCCCUGCAGAGUCUUCUGUGAAGGAACAGAGAAGUUGCAAGUCCUUGACCCGUGGUUGUCGUCAGCGGCCGCUUCCGGGGCCUGCCCCAUGCUGGGAGCACCUGUGGGGUCGCGGGUGAUGGGCGCGUCCACUCCUUUUGCGGGGAGGGAGGGUGAGGAGACCAGAGCUCUGCUUUACUGCAGAACCCAGCUGCGAGAAACAAGCAGGUCGGAGGAACCAGCGCAUUUGUGGUGGCCCCCUGGGAGUUUAUGCCCCCUGAAAACGCCACCCACAUGUUGGUUUGAUGUGCCCAUUGGAGGACAGAAGAUGAAGCAGGCACAAAAAAUGCCCUUGUAAUGAUAUGCCCCUCCCGGACCCCUGCGGGGUUGUGUUGGAAUCUUGUUAAAACAUCUGCAUGACCAGCAGGGGAGGAGGGGAUGGCCCCGUCACUCACUGCUUAGCUUCCCAGCCCUGUCCUCCCCGUAGAUCUCCUCCCUGCCAUGUUGGUGUGGCUAUUUUGGGAGCCUGGGUGGUUUUCCUGAGGUGUGUGUUUAAGGUGGGAGAGGAUAAAGGGCAAUGGAAGCUAGGAGGAGACUUAGGAAUGGCCUGGCUCAUCAAGCGUCUCAUUCCUUUCUAAGGACAACUCGAGUGGCACGCAUGCUUGUCCCCAGCGGAUGUGGGUGGCAGGCCCCUGAAAGGGCACUUGUGGAGCGUGCUCACUUAUUUAGCACUUUAUUGCGGUUAAUGUAUCGGAACCAGCUUCUGAUGAAAUUUUAGCGUGGCAUUUCAUAGAGUACAGUACACGAAUGACGUGAGUUACACGGCUUCUUCUGUGAUGCCAUUCGUAAUGCCCUUUAGACCCAGGAGGCCCGAUCGGCCCCUUUUUUUACUUCUAAAUUUUGCUACAAACACUGUAGCCCAUUCCUUUUUGGGAACAGGGUAGGCAUUUUGUUUGCUGUGUGUUAGCUCCUAUAUGGUUUAAGCAUCAGAGGGUAUUGCAGAUGGGCAUUUAAUGGGUGCAGGUGGAUGCCCAGGGUGCUUGGUGUUGGGGUCCUCAGCAGACAGGCCGUGCUCAUGGCUUUAGAGUUUCUGCCUGGAAAAGCUGAGUGAGGAAGUAAAAAAGUUUGUUUUUUCUCUCAGUUUUAAUCUAAUCAGGCAGUCAUUGAUAUCUCCUCGGUGCCAGUUACAAGGUGUCUUGUUUACUCAAGAAUAAAGUAGCGCUGUUUUUAUACAACUGCUUUGAUGGAGAGCUAGGUUAGGUGACCCGAGCCUUGGGGGAGAAAUAGAUUUUUCUUGGAAUGAAUAGGGAAUUUUACAACAUAUUACCAAUUAAGAUUUCAGUCUCUGGGCCACUGAACAUGGUAGUAUUGAGACGUGCCACGUACCAUCUGUCUGAGCCGGGCCCACAAAGCAGGCACCUGGUGGGCAGAACCCACACCAGGGCCAGCCACACGGGUCGGGGCGACCGUGUCCACGUGCAGGACAGACAGAGGCAUGCUUCCUGUGUGUGCUCAGUCAAGAUAGAUUGUAACUGUCGUGACUCAGUUGGGGUUUGGCACACGGCACCGGGCAUUUUGUUCUUUCCAGUUCUUUGUCGUGCACACUGAGAGAAGCACAGUGGUACAAGGGAACGGGGUCUGUUUUCUACCAUUUAGAAACUCGGUUUGGAAAGUGAACAGAAGAAAAUGGAUCUGCACGUUGCAAAAUAUCUCCUGUUUUUCGCAUCGGUUAGGCUGGUGGUGCAGGGACGGUCCGGCCGGCCGCAGCGGCUCAGCGAGGCUCAUGGUACCUGGAGCAGACUGCCGCGGAAGGGCCCCGCACAACUGGUUUUGCAGUUGCUUUUAUAGACGAAACUCGGCUUUUAAAGUAUUUUAGGAGUUUGGCUGAGAGCUCCCUCUUUCCUCCUGACAUAGCCUCUUUUUUUUUUUUUUGAAAUUUUAAAAAUUCUCUUCAGCUCCAUUUUCUGCCAUCACCAGUAAUGCUAUGUAACAUACACCACCUGUUACUGAUUUGGGCAUAUCUCAGACUAAAUUACUAGUUGUUUUGAAUGCACUGGCCCUCUUAAUUAUUGCAAAGGAGAAAGGAGAAGUAAUCUUUCCUCCUCACUAAUUUAGCUUUGGGGGAACUAAAUGGCUUUUCCUCUCUCUUCCUCCCAAAGGCCCUUUAAGCCUUAGAAUGUGCUAAAUAUUGGACUUGAUUCCCUGUGCCGCAGGCUCAUUUGCUGCCAAAGACCCACCCCGGGGGCCCUUGUCCAGAAGGCUUUGAGACUACAUUUGGCCAGAGGCAGGGUUCCUUGAUUGCUCUAUUCAGCUACUAGGGAGCCUGUAUUUUGCCCUCUUAAGACUAAUUUCCUUUUAUAGCAAUUCUCUCUCUCUCUUUUUUUUUGCAUUAGCAUUUGGGAGCCUGGCCUCAAAUUCAGGCCAGCCUCAAAUUCAGCUAACCUUUAACACCCUCGUGGGUUAAGGCGAGGCAAGGGAGAGAAGUUUCUCUCUUGCAGGGUUCCGCCGGCGUUGCCUGUAAAAGGGCCAGCGAGGAAGCACUUGCAGCUUUGCAGGCCAUUUUCUGUCGCCAGGGCUCUGGGAACGGGCACGCUGUGUUCCAUCACAGCCUGAUUUACAAAAACAGCUGCAGGCUAGAUUUGGCUCUCCGGCCGUAGUUUGCCCACCCCUGCGCUAGUGGCUUGUGUUGGAGGCUGCGGCACCAGGACCUCGCUGAAAGCACGCAGAUGACCACCUCAGAGCUGGGUGCGGCUGGGAGAGAGUUCUGUAGGUGAGCGCGCCACACUCCCCUGCUCUCCGGGCAUCCGUGCGUCUGUGGCUGGUGUUUCUGGCACAUGGCGUAACCAUUGUGUGUAACUGAACGGCCAGGCUCAGGCACCGGUUGGCCAUCCCUCGCUGCACUGACUGGUGAUUGUGCUCGUAGAAGGGGAUGGGCUUGGCUGCCCAGAACACCCUUCAGAACCGAAGGCCUUUUCCCCCCAGCUGCUGGGUCAGCUGCUGGCUCCCCAUCCUCAGCUGGUGGCCCUGUUCGAGAGCUUCCCCCACUGAAAGCCCUGCCUCAGACGAGGUCACGCCCCCUUCCUUGGAGCCUCCAACUCCAGCCCUGCUUCCUGCCCUUCUCGUUCCUUCUCCGUUCGCAGGUGUUGUUCCCAAGAACACUUGCCCGAACUCGUCCCGCAUGGACACCUCACUCAGUGUCUGCUUCCCGGGGCAGCCAACCCGCUACAGCGCUUCUGUACUAUUUUUUUAGCGCCACAGGCUUGAACCCUGAGGAAACCGUGUUCCAAGUAUUUAAUAGAAUGAUAGAGUGUGCCUGUAGAGUGGUCUCAGGUGCCAUACGUGCGAACUAAGUAGACUUGCUAUUUAUUCUGGAUGUGAAUUUGCUAUUUAUUCUACAUGUUGAUUUUAUGUGAUAGGAUUGAACUUCUUGCCAAAUAAAAGUUUGAAUUGUGUCAUCUA